GAAUGCUGUAUCAAUGUAUCAUGCUCCUGGGCAUAAGCUUGGGAGUUCUGAUGAUGAAGAUACAACCUGUAAUAUCUGAAUGUAGCAAGAAAGAGGAGCAGCACAGUUGUAAUACAAUGCAAUGGUUUAUCAGAAAAGAGCAGAGUUUUAACAAAUGUUUAACCAUUUAUGUUGGAAUUGAAAUUGCGGAGAAAUGUCAUGCGUCUGAUCAGGUCCUGGUUAUAAAGGAUGGAAAUAAACUUGAAUCCCUGCAGAAAACUACUUUGAACUUACCAUAUUGUGUGUUUUUAAUUACUAACAAGGCAGAAGUAGUAGACAAUGUCCCUCAACUAGGUUUUAUUCCUACACUUACAAUUAUUUUUCAAGACCACAAUCAACCUCAUAAACAUAAACUAGGUAUAUCUAGCUUACUAAUCCUCUCAACAUAUUCAAAUAAAUUAACUUAUUGGGAUAUGCACAAGCAGUGUUUUGAAGGGGUUUGGUCAACCUACUAUUCUACUGUUUGGUUUAAUAGUACAAAAAAAAAUACUGAAAUAAACUCAUUUCAAAAGCAAAAAAUAAGAGUUGGUUACAACAAUUUCUACCCUAAGUUUGAAUAUAAGCAUAAUAGAAUCAACGUGACUACCUAUGAGGGAUAUUAUCUUCAAACUUACUUAGAAAAAUAUCAACUCCAUCCUGUGUUUGAUUAUGCUAAUUUUUCCUGGGGAAAUCUGAAUACCACGACCGGAAAAUGGAACGGUGUUGUGGGAAUGGUUGGUUAUGACAAAGCUGAUUUGGGAGUAUGUUAUAUAUCUUAUACAAGAGACAGAGCUGCUUUUGUCACAUAUACUUCUCAAAUAGAGGUUGAGGCUACACACUUUGUGUCAAAGUUUCCAGGAAUUAAGUCAUAUAUGGAUAAUAUAGUAAAGGUUUUUGAUGUAUACACUUGGCUUGCAAUUCUGGGAAGUUUGAUUUUGGCAACCAUUGUUCUUCUAGCGAUCACCAAAGUAUUAAAGGAACUAGGAUUUAAACAGCCAGAUUGUGUGUUAACUCUAUUGAUGCCAUUAUCCUUGUUGAAUGCUGAGGGUAUGCCAGAUUGUUUCCUAUUUCGUAGGAAAAGAGUAUUCUCCGGAAGUUUUUUGCUGAUGACAUGGGCUUUAGCAUGUACGUUAUUAACAUUUGCCUUUUCAAGUAAUCUCAGAUCAAUUCUACUUGCUCCAUCAUAUGAUAUCCCUGUUGAUACCUCUGCUCAAAUAGUUGAAAGAAGAAUGUCAUUAAUUUUGGCUCCUGGAGAAAAUUGGAACUAUGAAUACUUCAGCACGUCUUCUAAUCUGGCACAAGUUAAAAUGUUGGAAAAUAUUGUCUUUAUCAAAGAUGUGGAAGAUUCAAUGAGAGCUUCUUACCAGCAGAAAAGUCUAAUUUUUCUUGGUCAUGAGGAAGUUAUCCUUGGUCUUACCAAAAAUAAUCCAGAAUAUCCUGAAAACAAGCCUUCCUUCUAUUUUAGCAAGGAACUAAUACGCCCAUAUUACUAUGGUUGGAUUGUUGAAAAAAAUUCAAAAUGGAUGGCUCAUAUUAAUCGUCAUAUCUUGCUAGGUCAACAGGCUGGCUUUAAUAUAAAAAUAUCCAGAAAACAAAAAAGAAGUACUUUUGAAGAAAUUAGAACAGAUACGGUCCGGCUGAAUUUCGAACAUAUGGCAGCCGCAUAUAUUCUACUGGGGGUUGGACUUGGAAUUUCUUCAAUAGGAAAAAUGGAUUCUUUAAAAUUUUCUGCAAUUUUUUAUCUUUUUGAAACUUUUUCUUAUUCAGUUUUUUAAUCUUAA